GAGACCGUUGGAAGAUCAAAACGUUGUCAAAAAUUCAAUAUGAAACAAAAGGAUUUAGGGCAAUUCAAAAAUCGAUCGCAGCUAAGGAAUCGUCCAGGGAUGGGCAUACUUGAACUAUGUAGCAUCAAUUCCACAAAGUACUGCUGACUCCGAUACAGCAUAUAUGGCAGUCCGCUCACAGCUGCAUUCCCGACUUGGCCUAUUCCCACCACUGAUGUAUGUGGCCAGCAGCUUGUUGGCCACAAGCGGCGCCAUUGGGCUGAAACAGAAUAUUUCAACAAGUUACGACAGCUACUCGCAAACAUGGAGCUCUGGCAAUCGCAGCAGCCUGGCACUAACCCCAUCCUCAUCUACACCCACAGCCGCAGUGCAGUCCACGUUGAAUGACUCCGCCAAUUGGACCCUUGACGCGCUGCCCACAUUAACGGUUUUCAAUUACUACAACGAAUCUGCGGCGGCGGCUGAAUGGGCCCACUUCUACGAUCUCAUUUUCUCAUGGCAGGGCAUCUGCCUGAUUACAGUGUUCUGCACGUUCAUCGUCGUCACCGUCAUUGGGAAUACCCUCAUUAUUUUGGCCGUUAUAACCACCCGCAGGCUGCGCACAGUUACCAAUUGUUUCGUCAUGAGCCUGGCCAUAGCUGACUUGCUUGUUGGCAUUUUCGUGAUGCCCCCGGCAGUGGCCGUCCACCUGAUUGGCUCGUGGCAACUCGGCUGGGUGCUCUGCGACAUUUGGAUAUCAUUUGAUGUGCUGCUCUGCACAGCGUCGAUUCUAAGUUUGUGUGCCAUCAGCGUUGACAGAUACCUUGCUGUUACACAGCCCCUAACCUACUCCCGGAAGCGACGCUCGAAGCGCCUUGCGUUCCUAAUGAUCCUUAUCGUUUGGAUUCUGGCAUUAGCCAUUACAUGCCCGCCCAUGCUGGGAUGUUUUGCUCUCAAACAGAAAUUCAAGCGUUACACAGCCGCCGAUGUGGAGAAUGAGUACUCUGAGCAGGAUCACAGUAUGGGCUAUAAGAACAAACCGACACACACACAAACGUUCUCCAACCAAACACUCUCCAAGGAUCUUCAAGAGAUUGUGCUAAGCGAAAGCGACAAUUUUGGAGUGCCAUCGACUGGGGGGAAUUGUCAGUCUCUGUUAGCUCUGCCAUCGCCCCAUUGCGCCAGUGGCAAGAGCAGUUGCUAUGAGCUGACGCGCCCGUCCUCAUUGUCGCUGAAGCGCACUUCCACCGCUUCAACAACAAUAACCACAAUGACAAGUGGUAUAGGUCCCAGCUGCAGUUUGUUAGAUGCGCAGUGGCAAACCCAAUCGCAAUCGCAAUCACAAACGCAAACACAAACACAAAUGCAAAACCCACAGCAUCAGCAACAACAACAACAACAACAGAAGCAACGCGCCCACAGUUUUCGGCAUUCGCAUCUCAGUGUAAGUGGUGGGGACAGGCUGCGUAGCCACCACCACCAUCAUCAGCAUCAGACCGCGGGGCCGGGAGGGGCGGAUGCUGGAGCAACCACAACAACCAAUAUCAAAUCGUUGUCGAACCGCAUUACAUCUCUCAAGAAGGAGAACAAAACAACCCAAACAUUAAGCAUUGUCGUUGGGGGCUUCAUUGCGUGCUGGCUUCCGUUUUUUGUCUACUAUCUGAUAACCCCGUUCCUGGCCGAGGACCAGGUCAGCGCCACCCUGACCAAAGCCCUCACCUGGCUGGGCUGGUUCAACAGCGCCAUCAAUCCAUUCAUAUACGCAUUCUACAGUGUCGAUUUUCGGGCGGCCUUUUGGCGCCUGACCUGCAAGCGAUUUUGGAGUGACGAGCAGAAACCACAGUUUCCCACUAACACAAUGUCGAUUAGGCGAUAGGCGGCAGAGUAGGCGUGUUCAAACCUCAAAACCACAAAACCUGUGAAAUUAGAAAUUGGAUUUGGCGACAUCACGUCAUUUCCAGUGCGAAUACCAAUAUUGCUUUUAGAUUAUACAGCUAGAUAAUGCAAAAUGAAAACUGAGGACUUGCUCCCGCUUUUCACCAAAUAAUCAAAAUUACGUCUAUGCAGCUUGCGUUGAGGCAUAUUUUUGGGUAAACAAUUAUUAACAUGAUAAUAUAGUAGCUAACACUCUAUUAAUAUUGCAAUAAGUAUUAGC